UGUUAGUGGUUAACAAUAAAAAUCAAAAUGGCUGCUUUGUUUGUUUCUGUGACAACUACCAAACGCAAAAAGGAAUAUAGAGAAAACACAAGAUACCUUAAUGAUAAUUUGACACCUCGUGAAUGCCGGGAAAGGUACAGAUUUUCUCCAGAUGGAAUUGAUUCCCUAUGUGAUAUUUUGCAUGACAAAUUACAAUCUGAAACUGAACGCUCGCAUGCUCUAAGUGUCAAAGAGAAAGUUCUUAUAGCUUUAAGGUAUUAUGCUACCGGUUCUUUUAUGCAAACUGUUGGGGAUACUCUUGGAAGAGAUAAAUCUACAGUGUCCCGAAUCAUUGCCUCGGUGACAAAUGCACUCUGCGACAUUAAAGACCAGUACAUAAAAUGGCCAAGUGAUACCUCACAGAAUAAAAGUUCUUUUUAUCGAGUAUCCGGAUUUCCCAAUGUCAUUGGAUGUAUCGAUGGGACACAUGUCCAGAUAAUCAAGCCUGGUGGAGAAAGACAGAGAGCCUACAUCAAUAGAAAGCGAUUUCCGUCGAUAAACGUGAUGGGAGUAGUUGAUCAUUCAGGUAAAUUCAUAAGUGUAAAUGCUAAAUGACCAGGAUCAGCCCAUGACAGCUUUGUAUUUCAGUCAUCUUCACUGUGCCAACACCUGGAUAGAAACUUCAGGCAACUUGGUGAUGGAGUACUCCUUGGAG